AUGAAAUCGCUGUCGACGCAGCGAGCGGGCUUCACCGCGUGCGUCUUUUCGGGCGGCGCCAUCCUCGUCUGUCUCGUCUACGUUCCCUCGCUCGUCACCAAGAUUCAGAGCAUUAACGAUCAAGUAGGGACCAGAAUCUCGAAUUUUCACCUAAAAUGUCUGUUUCAGCUGAAAGUGGACAGCGAAGAGUUCCGCGUGAUGGCCGAUUACACGUGGAAAGAGUUGGUGACGAUGCGCAGAGGAAAGAGACAGGUAGUGUUCGGGAAAACGGCUGUAACUCGAGAACUAAACGUUUUGGAGGCAAAUUGUCAACUGCAAAGUUGUAAAGCAUGAAAUUUGCAACAAUUGUGUAGUUGACAACAUUGCACGAAAGUUAUUGGUUCUCGAGAUGCAAGCCCACAAAUUAUGAGUUUUAAAAUUUUGAAUAUUGUCCGACUCUCUCGUGAAACUCUCACUAUUACAGGCGUAUGGAGACUCACCAAAGAAGACGUACCCACUGCACACGGCCUAUGUGAAAGAGGACGCAUUUGUGGAGGGCGCGAGUACUUGCAGUUGCAAUCAGAACAACGGAUGUCCGGCGGGACCGGCUGGAACUCCCGGAAAAGCUGUGAGUUACAGUGGAUACUGUAGGGUUACUGUACUUGAACAUUAGUCACUUCUUCCACUAGACUUGGCAUUAUGCCAAGUACUUUCUUCGUGAACCGGUCCUCAUUCAAGAGUGCUUUCCGAUCCGAUCCGUUCCGCCACUUUGUACGCACUCACAGUUUAAUGAUCCUUUGAGGAACCGGAGAAAGAGAAAGUACAGUAAUCCUGUUAUAAUACUUUUCAAAAGUAAGCGAACGACAAUAUUUCAACGUUUCACAAUAGUGAUAUAUCUUUUUCAAAAUCGAAAUCUGUGUUAGGACCUGAACCGAUUUAUGAGAAAUCUGGUUGAACUGGUUUCUCUUCAGCUGCGGGUGGAGAUAUCAAAAAGUGGUAAACUGAUAAAAAUGUACACAAUUUCUUAGUGAGCAAUUUAAUAGUUGACAGCUUUUGGAUAUCUCCAUCGACAGAUGAGAUAGAGCACUUUGAAUGCGCGCGGUUAAGAAAGACUGCGCUCUCUUGGCAGUAGUUUUUCAAGCGCACUUUUUCUUAAUUUUUUGACGCAUACACAUAUUUGCAGGGACUGGACGGAGAGCCCGGAAAGUCGGGAGAGCCGGGAGCCCCAGGACUCGCCGGAAUCGCGCCGCCCGUCACGAUCGACCCGACGAAAGGCUGCAGAGUGUGCCCGAACGGACCACGUGGUCCAACAGGACCGCCGGGAGAAGUGGGGCCGUCGGGACCGGAAGGACCGCCCGGAAACCCGGGAAGGAUCGGAGAGCACGGACGCGAAGGCUAUCCGGGCCAGCAGGGAAUCCCCGGCGAGCCCGGAAAGCCCGGAAAGCUCGGAGAGGCGGGUCCGAACGGACGUGAUGGCACGCGCGGUCAGAAGGGACCACUGGGACCGAAGGGCGAGACGGGACCGCCUGGACAGAAGGGACCGGCCGGCUAUCCUGGCAGAGAUGGACAACGGGGGAACGACGGAGAGAGCGGGCCAGUGGGACCGGCGGGUCCGUUGGGCAUGCCCGGAGAGGUCGGACAGGUCGGAAUGGUCGGAGCGCCGGGCUCUCCAGGCCAGGAUGCCUCCUACUGCAAGUGCCCCGAACGGAAUGCCGGCGUCAACAAGUUCGAGCCGCCGCCGCCAGUCGAGCAGCCAAGUUACGAGCCACAGCCGGUGGGUUAUCGAUUUUUAUCCCAAAAAAGUGUCGUUUUUCCUAAUUUUUUCGAUGAAAUCAUCCAAAAGCAACCAAAUUACUCGAAAAAACUACUUACCCAUCUCUAAUGAAUUUUCCAGUCUCAGCCGGCGACGUACGCCCCCGCACCGGCCACUCCGGGUCCGGACGCCGCCGUCGAAUCGCCGCGUUCGCCGUACCGCAAGUGGAAGUGGCUUCAGUGA